AUUGUAAUUUACUCCGGAAAGGUUACCAUGUUGUUUGCGACAGCUUUUUUGUAGUUUUGAUUUGGCAAGAAGGUUGAUUGACAUGGGUACAUAUUUGACAGGGACACUACGAUCCAACAGAAAAAUGCCCCUUUCAAUCAAAAACGCAUAUGUGGGACCAAAUGAAAGUGUUUAUGUCAGACAGGGUGACAUUUUGGCCGCGGCUUACAAAGGAAGGGAGGGAAAAAGCCUGUAAGAAUGUUAAGUACAUUCAUGAAUGCCGAAAACUCCAACGGAAAGCCAAAAAUAGUACAUCAUUACAAUAUGAACAUGGGGGGAGUUGAUGGAGCUGACAUGUUAUUGCAUUUUUACAAUGAUAAUCGAAAGUCAACUAAAGUUCGGAAGAAACUUGCGUUUAAUAUCAUACACAGAAUGUGCAGUAAUGCAUAUAUUUUGUAUAAAAAAAAUACGUCAGACAUGCCAAUAAAACCCAGAUUGAGAUUUGUACAGGAGGUUAUAGAGGAGAUCAGUAGAGAACAUCAUGCUAAUAGAGGAAAGCCUGUUAGAGGGGUGAUUAGGAAUAGGAAUAUUGGGAUACAACCUAUUCAAGGUAACAAAGAAAAGGAUUGCAUCGUGUGUUCCGAUCGCUCAACAGGGCAACGACGACGAUCAAGAUCGCAAUGUAGAAGUUGCCGCAGAGGCCUACACUUUGCCUGUUCGGACAGGCAUGUUUGUCCAGAAGAAGAAGAAUAGUUUGGACUUGCGGCACUUAAUUAUGUUUUUAUUUUUUACCAAUGUUUGAUUUUAGCAAUCUGAGUAAAACAUAAAAGUACUUGUCAAUUCUACAAUGUAUCAUUACAAACUUUUUUUUUAUUAUUUCCCGACACUUAAUUUUAU